GUUCCGUGACCCGCCUCCCUUUAUUACACUCAGAGACGGUUGAGUUUCGGCACGUUUAUGCUGCCUGUAGAAGUCGGGAGAGCUAUACUCGCACUUGUGUUUAAAUAGGUUAUUAUUUUUUUUCGCGAAACAGACAGUUUUGAGCAGAACAAUGACCGCGGGAGAAGAGAAAACCGAGCAGCAGAUCCCCAUUGAAGGGGAAGACAUCAGCCCGAAGAAAGAUGGAGGAGUUCUGAAGCUGAUAAAAAAAGAUGGCACUGGUGAGGAGACUCCAAUGACAGGCGAUAAGGUCUCUGUCCACUAUACUGGAGUGCUGUUAGAUGGAACUAAAUUUGACUCUAGCAGAGACCGCGAUGACUAUUUCACAUUUGACCUUGGCAAAGGGCAAGUUAUUAAAGCAUGGGAUAUCGCGGUGGCCACCAUGAAGAUUAAUGAAGUCUGUCAGAUCAUCUGUAAACCAGAAUAUGCUUAUGGGUCUGCAGGCAGUCCACCAAAAAUUCCACCCAAUGCCACACUUGUGUUUGAGAUUGAGCUUUUUGAAAUCAAAGGGGAGGAUCUCUCAGAGGAUGAAGAUGGUGGAAUUAUUCGCCGAAUCCGAAAGAAGGGAGAAAGUUAUUCUAAACCCAAUGAGGGAGCUUCAGUUGAGAUCCAUUUGGAAGGCAAAUACCAGGGUACUGUCUUCGAUAAUCGAGAUCUAUCAUUUAUUAUUGGAGAUGGUGAAGAACACAAUGUUCCACCAGGAAUUGAGAAGGCAUUGCAAGAAAUGGAAAAGGGAGAAGAGGCUGUUAUAUCAUUAAAACCAAAGUACGGAUUUGGCGAAGCCGGUAAUCCAAAAUUGAAUGUUCCUCCAAGUGCAAACCUGGUAUAUGAAAUUGUAUUGAAAAACUUUGAAAAGGCUAAAGAGUCUUGGGAGAUGAACAUAGAUGAGAAAUUGGAGCAGUCUGCCAUUGUUAAAGAGAAGGGGACGGUGUAUUUCAAGGUGGGAAAGUACAAGCAGGCAAUCAUCCAUUACAAGAAAAUUGUAUCUUGGCUGGAACAUGAGAAUGGAUUGUCUGAAGAAAAUCUAAAACAAUCCAAUGCUCUGAGACUAGCAGCUCAUCUUAACCUUGCUAUGUGCUACAUAAAAAUGGAUGAGAAUUUGCAAGCUGUAGAGAAUUGUGAAAAGGCAUUAGGGUUGGAUCCAAACAAUGAAAAGGCCCUUUUCAGAAUGGGUGAGGCAAGACUUGCUAUGAACGAUUAUGAACUGGCAAAAGAAAACUUCCAAAAGCUUGUGCAACUUUAUCCAAAUAAAGCAGCCAAAGUCCAGAUUGGAAUCUGUCAGAAAAAAAUAAGAGAACAAUUAGAUUUGGAGAAAAAGAUCUAUGCUAAAAUGUUCCCAAAAUUUGCAAACACCGAUAGUAAGGAGGUGGUUCUCAAAACGCAAUCUGAAAAGGAAGCUGCUGUGGUGAGAACAGAGGAAGAAGCGAAUAAAGAGAACUUAGAUGAAGGAGGCAAAGGAGAACCUAUGGAAACAGAAACCAUUCACAAAUCCCAGGAAUUGGAUGCUACUGCAUGAGGAAGAUGUAGAGAUUGAAGCUGCAUUACUUGGAUGUUUUUUAAAGCUUUGUUAUUGUACAGUAUCCUGUGUGUAUCAUUUAAUGCACAGUAAAAGAGUUCUACCUACUUAAUCAUCUGAGUGUCACAAACUCAUUAAAAAGAAAUGAUAACACAUACUAUAAUUGCUGAGUGUCUGAGUCACACUUGGUUUUUAUGAUCAGCCUGUGGCACUGCCAUGGUAUUGUUGAAUGACAAAUGAGAUGAGCCCACUCUCUUGACAGCAUGUAGGAAAUAGAAAUUGGAAUAAGCAGUUGGUAGCUCUGUGAAUUAUUUUUACUUGAAAAAGUUUUAUUUUGUUAAUUCUAUACAUCCAGAAUGCAUUCCUCUUGCAUCCUACCAGUGGUGGUAUCAUUUCCUGCCACUGCCAAGUAUGUGGACAUAUGGUCAUAAAUUUAUUCAGCUUAUAGGCUGUGCCUGGGAAUUGGUAGAUCAGUGUGACAUGUCCUUGGAACUUGGCUCAAGAUGUGUAGUUGGUGUUGUUACUACUGUGCUACUGAGAUACAGUUCUUAUUUUGAGUGAAGAAAUUUGUUUUGCUGUUUGUAACUUGUGUAUAAGUAUCAUCAGGUAAUGCAGCUUUAUUAUAGAAUUACUGUAUUCCACGGAAUGGCUCCAAUUUGUUUUUGCAUACUGAUGGUUAUUCCUUGUUCUUCAUCAAAAUGUCAAAUAUGAAGAGAAAAGGCCCUUGUGUUUCUAUGCUGGCAAUUUUAUCUAACACGGUUUAGUCACCUGGUCAGUGCCACUGUUUGUGCUUCAUCAAAGACUCUUGACUUCCUAUUUACCCGUCCUUCAUGUUACUUCCCAGAUUUCUCCUAAUUUCAGCAAUUCUGUGUGCUGUUUCACACUUUGGGGAAAGAAGCUUCACUUAAUUUCCUUUAUUGGAUGCAUUAAUUACUACUAACACAUUGUCUUGGAUAACCCACAACCACUAACAUCAUCUCUCUACCCUUUGGUACUCUGAAACUUCACUGUUCUAUAAUUGGCUACCAUUUGUAGAGAGGAAAAGCACCAUUUACCUUGUUACUGUGGUUUAAAAUUUCUCACUUGCAUUAUUCCUGGAAAUCAUUACUACAUCUCUUCCAGUGCUUCUUUCUGUUUUAUAUUAUGUUCAGCAAGUCCUUGUUCCACUAAACAUUCACCAUAUUGUGAUUAAAAAAAGAGAUCUACCAUAUAUUUCAAAAUACCCAAAAAAGAGUUGCUUUAGUAGUAUGUACUUCAAGAAAUUCUAUUCAUUUUAUUGUGGGCUUUAUCAUCACUGCAUCCUUCAUUAUGAAUUAAAUGGCUUAAACUAACAAGGGCUUGUGGAUUUGGCUAAUCUAUUCUGAGUUAAGCAGAGUGUGGCUUUAAUGAUUUUUGAUUGACUUUUGAUCUUUUGUUUCUUUUUCCCCCUCCAUUCAUUUCUGCUCUUUGGCACGUUAAUCUGAUUAAUCUGUUCUUUGUUUUGUCUAAUCCAGUGAUGGUCACCUAAUUUCUAUCACUGUUCACACAUGGGGUCUUUUAAAUAUUUUCCCAGUAUACUACAUGGAUGGGAUAUAGUAAGAACUAAAUGCUGAAAGUCACAGUGGAUAAUGUGAAGCUGGAAGAGCACAGCUGGUCAGACAGCCCCUUCAUACUGACAAGGGUUUCAACCUGAAACGUUGAUUUUUCUACCCCUUGAUGCUGUUGAACCACAUUGAUAGCACCUUGCAAUGGGGAACUGAUGUCACCUGAGUGAUUUUCUUAAUGUUGUGCUUUGUGAUCAAAUUUCCACCUGAUGCACAUUCUUUCACUUCAUUAGACUCUUGCUUAUCAAACUGAUCUGUACAAUUCUUUUGAUUUCUUUCCCAAGAUUUGACACUAUAGCAGUUUAAAAAGUGUAAGAUGUAUUAUUAAUUAAUUAAUUAUUAACAGCCCUUGGGCUUGCGUACUGUUGCCUUUGAUUUAUUUUGAACCUUCCCUGGAUCUCAUUCUUUCCUUAUUUAUAACUGGCUAGUUUAAACACAUCCAAUCUGAUUUAAAACUCAUGUUCACAAAACCACCUAGAUUGCUCGUCUAAAAAAUUCAAUCAACAGAAAUCAAGGACUGUGUAUUAUUAAAUAAAACUUUAAUGUAGCUAAAUAUCAUAAAAUUUAAAGAUCAAAUUUAUAUGGUGAGUAAAAGUGUCUGGUUUGUACUAGUUAAAAUUAUCUCCAGUAAGAGUUAAAAAUGUUCUUGGUGAGUUUUUUUCGGUAGCAAUGAUAUUUUACUAAUUUUAAUUCCUUGGCCUUUACAGUUUAAAAUAAAACUUGAAUAAUCUUUUCAAAUUACGCAAACUAUGAAUGUAACUUCUAGGAUUUCUUGACAUUCCCACGUUGGCAUUGUUAACUACUGCAGAUCUUGCUGCUAAAAUGCUCAAAAGGUUUAUCUGCUUUGUAUCGAGGUACUCUCUUUAAUGGGCUUUUUUUUCAAAUCUGCGAGAAAGGGGCUGCGGUUCCAAUUCUAUGCAAUACAGUAACGUGUCUUAAGUGCUUGGCCUUCCGGUGGAAAAAUAUUUUGCAAGAUUUGCGUCCAGUACUACUUGUUUCCCAGUUCAUUUUACCAACCAAAAGGUGACUGUAUGUAUGUAAAUAUUUCUUGUUUUGUUUGAGGGCAGCAUAGGAGUAAAAAUAAUAAAAAAUUCAGGAAUUUA